AUGUACAAUAAUCUAUCUAUCUAUCUAUCUAAAUCUUUUCAUAUCUAUCUCAAUCUGUUCAUAUCUAUCUCCCUCUCUCUAUUUAUCUAUCUCAUUUUUCUUUUAAAUGUUAUCUUCUUUCUCUUCUUCAUUUUCCUUUUCUGCCUAUUUCUUCUUCUUUUUCUUCUUCCUUCAGUUUUUCUUUUAAUUGUUAUCUUCUUUCUCUUCUUCAUUUUCCUUUUCUGUCUAUUUCUUCUUCUUCCUUCAGUUUUUCUUUUUAUUAUCUUCUUUCUCUUCCCAUUUUCCUUUUCUUCUUUUCUUCUUCUUUUUCUUCUUCCUUCAUUUUUCUUUUGUUAUCUUCUUUCUCUUCCCCAUUUUCCUUUUCUGCCUAUUUCUUCUUCUUUUUCUUCUUCCUUCAGUUUUUCUUUUAAUUGUUAUCUUCUUUCUCUUCUUCAUUUUCCUUUUCUGUCUAUUUCUUCUUCUUCCUUCAGUUUUUCUUUUGUUAUCUUCUUUCUCUUCCCCAUUUUCCUUUUCUGCCUAUUUCUUCUUCUUUUUCUUCUUCCUUCAGUUUUUCUUUUAAUUGUUAUCUUCUUUCUCUUCUUCAUUUUCCUUUUCUGUCUAUUUCUUCUUCUUCCUUCAGUUUUUCUUUUUGUUAUCUUCUUUCUCUUCCCCAUUUUCCUUUUCUGCCUUUUCUUCUUCUUUUCUUCUUCCUUCAGUUUUCUUUUAAUUGUUAUCUUCUUUCUCUUCUUCAUUUUCCUUUUCUUCUAUUUCUUCUUCUUCCUUCAGUUUUUCUUUUUUUAUCUUCUUUCUCUUCCCCAUUUUCCUUUUCUGCUUAUUUCUUCUUCUUUUUCUUCUUCCUUCAGUUUUUCUUUUAAUUGUUAUCUUCUUUCUCUUCUUCAUUUUCCUUUUCUGUCUACUUCUUCUUCUUCUACGAUCAAAUGGUGA